AUGGAGCUGGGGCAGGCAACUCCACGAACAGAGCUGGACGCCAUCUUGUCAGCCGACAGCGUCGACCUGGUCCGCUUGAGGCAGUGCCUCACGCGCGCGGCCCUCGCACCUCGCUGUCCACACCGGUCGCUGACGUGGAAGCUGCUCCUCGGCCUGCUUCCCCCGAACAGAAGUGCGUGGGAGGCCGAGGCGAAGCGCGUGAAGGAGUGCUACGCACAGUACGUGCAGGACGUGUCCAGGUUGCUCGAGCGGCCUGCCGAUGGGCACGCGUCGGAGCAUCCGCUGAGCACGUCGGACUCUUCCCAGUGGCACGCGUACUUCCAGUUCCGACAAGUGACGGAGGAGAUUCAAAUGGAUGUUGAUCGUACGCACAGCGAGGAUGCCUGGUUUCGCGCUCAGCGACCGGUCAUGCUGGAGGUGCUGCAGGUGUUCGCGCUCACGAACCCAGGUGUUGGUUUUGUGCAAGGCAUGGCAGAGAUUCUGGCCGCCAUCCUGUUCGCACUUGCCCGCGAAGGCGUCCAGGAUCUCCCAGCGCAGGCGUUCAGUCUGACGUGCGGCAUCCUGGGCGAGGUGCGCGACAUCUUCAUCGCGGCGUUGGACAAGGACGGCGGCCUGGAGAAGCAGGCAGAGAGCAUCUACAGCAACCUCGCACGCGCCGACCCCGGGCUUCACGCGAAGCUGGUGCGCGACCACGUGGACGUGCGAUUCUUUGGAAUCCGGUGGCUCGGGACCCUGCUGACGCAGACAUUUGACUUGGAGGACGUCGUGAUGAUAUGGGACGCGGCGUUUGCCGAUCAGGAGGGCGCCAUGGCUGCCCUGGUGCGCGUGUGCGCUUGCAUUUUGUGCCAGCUGCGCGACGACCUGAUGAAUUCGGAUUUCACUGCGGCAGUCAAGCUCCUCCAGGGCCGUCUUUCGACGCGGAUCAACAUCUCCGCCCUCCUUGCACAAACGCGCCGUUUGCACUGA